GCGGCCCGGUCCGGCCUAAGCAUAAAACAUGUAGUAGCAAAAACACGAGGCAAACAUGCCCUUUGGUAGUCUAUCUCUACAUCAAACAAUUUGUCAAUUUCGUGGGUGUUCUCUCUUUUGAGUAAAAAGGAUGGAAGCUAAGCCGUUGGAAUCGCCUGCAAGUUUUGUUGAUCAACUUGUUGUUCCAGGGGAUGUGGUUCUUGAUCUUUCAAGUAUGGCCAAUCAAACCAUUAAGCUGGGAGGCGGUCUCCGUCAGGACUGUGAUUCAAUUUCUGUCAUGAAGGCUGGGAAGUUGAGGUAUUCAAAGCCAAACAAAUAUUGGAUUGAAAGCUCCCAGAAAAGGUACUUGCCUUGUGUUGGGGAUACUGUUCUUGGAAUCGUGGUAGACACCAAAGCAGAUAACUUCCUUGUGGAUAUAAAAGGACCUGCAUUGGCAUUUCUUCCUGUACUUGCAUUUGAAGGAGGAACUAGGAGAAACAUUCCUAAAUUUGAGGUAGGUACUUUACUUUAUCUUCGGGUUGUCAAGGCAAACACUGGCAUGAAUCCGGAGCUUUCAUGCACUGAUGCCAAUGGGAAAGCAGCAGAGUUUGGCCCCCUUAAAGAUGGAUAUAUGUUUGAAUCAUCAACUGGCCUUUCACGGAUGCUGUUGAGCUCCCCAGCAUGUCCAGCUCUUGAGGCUCUAGGCAAAAAGCUCUCCUUUGAGAUUGCAGUUGGUUUAAAUGGCCGUGUUUGGGUAAAUGCUGCAUCUCCAUCUACACCUAUCCUUGUAUCCAAUGCGAUCAUGAAUUCCGAGUCCUUGAGUGGGGUGCAGCAAAAAAUUAUGGUGGAUAAACUGCUCCAGAGAGUCCAGUGAUCAAGAAUGGUGGUUAGGGAGGUUCACAAGGUUGUCAAGAAAGAUAGUGACUCUGCAUUCCAAGAACUUCAUGCGAGAGGGAUUCUGAGUUUAAAUAUACUCGGCAGAAAACAUAGAAAAUGAUUCAGUAACCUUGUUGAGAAAUUCAUGGAAAACAGAUCCUCAUGACCAGCUUCGGCUACCAUGCGUGAUCAAGUACAUAAUGUCUACAGCUUCUGAAGCAUCUGGGAUUGCUUCCAGUCCUUUAAUUGUUUUAUAUGGUUUUCCUUUUAGUUUGUCGGAACAUUCCUUCUCAACAAAUACUCCAUGCUAUAAUUUGUGUAGACAGCCCAUUUUUACUUGCGUUCGUGGUUUUGCAUUUUCUAUUCCUAGAUAUCGCUUUUUAGGGUUUCAGAAAGCGAUCUCCAGUUAGAUUUUUAAAGAGACCUUUAUGAAAUGAGAGUCAUUUUCAUUGCGUAUAUCAAA